ACACGGUAAAAGAAUGAGCUAAAAAAUAAAAUAAAAAGAAAAAUAAAUCUGAAACGCCAGGAAAUCAAUGAUAAAAUUUAUGAAAAAGUAUUAAUAGAAUUGAAAUAAAUUCAUAUACUAAAUAGUGUAAUAUAUACAUAUAAAAAAGAAACUUAAAUUAACACUACUUAAUUAAAAUCAAUUUAAACUUAAAUAAAUAGUUAAAUUUACUCAAAAAAUCAAACAAAAAAUUAGAGACAAUUUAACAAGAUUUUACUAUAAAAAUAGCACAGAAAUUAAAAAAUAAACUCUAACAGCAAAUAAUAAGAAGCAGUAAAUUGUGGCAAAAUACGUGAAAGUUUUAUUCUGUUUGAAAAUAAAACAAAAAGAGCACAACUCUAACAAUAUUGGCAAGUGCUAAAACUUAAUGUUAAAAAUAAAAAAACAAACUCGAACAGACAAACUAGCAAAUACAUACAUAAUCAAUUAAAUGGCCUAACAGGCAUUGCAAGAUUGCAAUAUAGUAUCAAAAAUACAAGGAUACUUUAACAUUCAUAGCACUACUCAUACAGACAUACUUAUCACACCCAAUAUACAAAGUUUACGUGCCAGCAGUAACUGAAAUAUACAAUUAAUUUAAAUUUAAAUUAAAACGUGUCUCUGUCAGAAUAACUUGUUCAUCUUAUUGCGGUUAAUUCAAUUCAAUCAUUCAUACAUUCAGUCAUACAUAUGGUCCUUGGUCGUGGUUAUUUCCCUUAAAGUUAAAUUAUAACAAGUGCUAGUAUUUGCGGUUUUGGGUGGUAAAUAUAUUUGUACCAAAACUUAUCUCUACUUGUUUUCCCAAAAGCUAUUUCACCUCGCUGAUAUAUAAAUAUUAAAAUUAAAAAAAAAAAAUAAAUAAGUAAAAAAGCUAAAAAAAAUUAUAUAUUAAAAAAAUAUAAAACUUAAUUUUUUUUUGUAUUAAAUACGUGUCAUUGUGCGUUGUGAAAUGGACAAUGUGUGACAUUAACUGCAUAUGGUUGUUUAAUCUACUUGUGGCAGUUGUUUUAAUAUUACUACAACAACAGCAACAUGUUGUUGGUAGUAGACAAGUGCAACAACAACAACAAAAUUUACAACAGCAUAACUACAUAUCGCCAUACGAUGGUAUAUCAUCAUAUGCUGCUGCAGCUGCGGCAAACUAUCUUCGUCGCACCUCCUCUUUGUCAUCCUCUCAGUCACAUAAUGUGGUGAAACGUGAGAUAAAACAUGACAAAAAUACGGAUUUUAUUUCAUAUUUAAAUGAUUUCAAUAUGCAAGAUGAGACCUCAAUACCUGAGGACAUUAUUGACCAACAACAUCUACAAGAAAUUAUAGACAAACAGCAACAAGGUUUACAGUUAGAGCAGCGGCAGCAGCUGCAACAAAAAUAUGUUGGUGAUAGUGCAGUAGCAGCAGCAACAGCAUCAGGCUCAAGUAUUGUGAAUGGUGAUGAUGAUAUUAUUGAUGUUAACUUGCCUUAUGAUGAUUCUUCUACAGAUACAGAUUCAGAUGCUGAUAUUAUACUUGAGUCACAAAGGUCCAGUGAACAAAGUGAUGACAACAAAAAUAGCAACAACAAUAGUAACAGCAAUAGCAGCAAAAACAUUAAAACCAACAACAACAACAAUAAUGAUGAUGAUGAUGAUGGAGACAGCAGUGAAGAAGAUGAAGAUAUGGUGGUUGAAGAAACAACUAAGAAAAACUUAAAGAAAACUAAUAAUAAAAAGGAAAUGUUUAAAGAAAGGAAAACAUUCAAGAGCAACAAUGACAAUAAAAAUAAGGAAAAGAAAAAACAACAACAACAAAUUAAAUAUGAAAACAAUAUUGACUAUUCAAAUCAAUACAACAUAUAUGGAGAUGUAGAUGUAGCAAAAAGUUUGAAAGACAACGACAGUCUUGAUGAUGAUGAUAAUGAUGCUGAUGAAGAUGAGGAGGACAAAUUUGAACUGGACGAUGAAGAUGAUGAUGAUGGUAGUGCUGAAUAUGAAAAAUUUAAAAGUAUGCAUGAACAGAAACAAAGAGAACAACAGCAAAAACAACAACAACAGCAAAAAGAACAAAUGUCCACACUAAAGACAAUAAUAAAUGAUGAUGAGACAUUUAGUAGACCAGACUCGAAUGAAGAAAUGACCAAUAAUCGAGAUAAUGACAAAAUUAAGCACAUGGCCGAUUAUACUGAUGACAAUAAUAAAAAUAAGAAAAAUCUUAACGAUUAUGAAAUAUUCCAUCAACAUUUACUGGAGCAAAAGCAGCAACUAUUACAAAAACAACAACAACUAAACCAACCCAAACAAGAUGCCAUUGGUGAUAUUGAAGAAACUGAAAAUUCCAAUAUUUUCAAAACAAACAGCUACACUAACAGCAAUAAUAACAAUGACAAUGAAAGUAAAAAUAAAAAUAAUAAUAAUUUUGCAAAUAUUUUCAUACCACGUAAAAUGAAAAGACACAAUGGUGCUGCACGUUUAGAUGAUGCCACCAAUAGAUACACCAAACUUAAACAAGAACAACUACUACAGCAGCAACAGCAGCAGCAACAACUAAAAUCCCAAAUUAACACUGAAGGAAAUCAUCCGGAUGCCGUGGCAAAAGUAUCAUCACAAGAAGAAAAUUUCAAGAAAAAAUAUUAUGACAUUUUAAAAGAAAAUUCAACAUCAACUUCAGACCAUCAUAUCCAACAGCAGCAGCAGAAGCAUCAUCAUCACCCAACAGGAGAAUUGAACCCCAAGGAUUUUAGUUUUUAUGAUGAGAAUAAUGAAAGAGAAUCAACACAUGAAGUUAAAAAGCAAACAGCAUUCGAAAAGGAAAAAUCUCUGAGACGCAACAAUAAACGUUACGGUCAUAAAACCCAUAAAAAGAAAUACAAAGAUUAUCUGCGCUAUUCACAGAUAAUGAUGAUGACAACCACUAGCACUCCCAGUCCCCAGACCACUGCUAGCGCCCAGCAGCAAACUCCUACAAAAAAUGCAAUAAACUUGCUGAAAGACAAUCAAGACACAGAGGUGGCCGACUUAAAUUUCUUGCGCGAUAAACAUGCCAAGAAAUUUAAGUUGGAAAAACUUAAAUCGCUAAUACCGCCCGCACCCAUAUUCGUUUUGAAACCGCGCGAGGAAAAGGACAAUAAGGAAGAUUUAAGGGAAAUGGAGAAAGUCGAGGAACCUACCACCAAACCAUUUUAUGAGGGACAAAUUAAUUAUUUCCUAGAAACUCCUGACGAUGAUAGUGAAAGAGCUAAUGAAGUUAGAUUUAUAACCAAAGGUGAGAGAAUGGAUACAAAUGACUGGUAUCGAAAAUUGAGUCCGGUAUUGAGAAAUGGCAAUAAGAAAAUAAAUCCGGUGGCAGAGGAACGCAGCGGCAUAGGUGUGGGACGCUCUAGGGGAGGUUAUACCCCCUACCAUCAUUACAGGCCGCAGCAUCAUGGUCAGCUGCAUCAUGGCCAAACACGUAAUCAUCAUUAUCAUCAGCAACACCAUCAUCAACAGCAGCAGCAUGCUCGACAGCCCCACCACCAUCAAGCAUUAAAACAUUCCAGACAUCAUGCCUACCAACGCAAAAUGAUACCCAAACGUUUGGUUACUACCACUACACCCAUGCCACCACCUUCGCGGAAACAAAUGAUGAGUCCCAAUGGCAUAGGAGAAUUGGGCCACCAGAUCACAGAUAUUAAAGAUCUAGAGCGCUAUUAUGCCAAAUGGCCUCAUUUAGCCAAGGUCCAAUCACGGUUGCACGAAGAACAAAUGCGUGAAGAACAAUCCGAAAAUUAUCCAGACUAUGAAUACGACAAUGAUGACUAUUUCGAAGAUAACGACAAUAAAGAUGAUAAUUUACCACCUUAUAUACGUAAAUUUAAUAGACGCAACAAACAAUUGCUAGAUCUCUUAGAGGGCACCAUAGCGCCGCCUACCAAGACAGCACCACAAUUAAGAUGGUCUGGCUCCAAACUACAGCCGGGACCUAGAGACUCCAGUGUGGGCAGCAUGUCGGUGCGCAUAGACGAUGAUUACCUUAAAGAGAAGCGUAAACGUUAUCAUCAGCGUCAACGUCAAAUACACGAUUUAUUUGCCCAACAAAGAACUUCCACUACUACCACGCAACCACCACCCUAUCCAUAUGUCAAUGUCAACGGUGACAGAGAUGGUGGUGGAGGGGAUGGAGAUGAAAUGACGGCUAGACAGUAUACACACACUGAAAAUCAUUUACCCGAUGAAGAUGUUAGCAUUUCAUUGGAAUCCAAUGAACAGGAGAAUGAAUUUAGCAGCAACAGUGCUAAACACGAGAGUGGCGUUGGUGUUGAUGAAAUUGCUAAUGAUGAUUCCAAGUCAGAACAAGAAAUUUGGCAAAAGGAAAUUGAAACUAAAUCAGCAAAUAUGGCAGCCGGAAAUUUACAAAUAACAAAUUGGCAAAUGGAAAAGUUAAUAACAUCAACACCAGCAGUAGCAGCUACAACAACAACAAAAAAGUCAGCAAUACAUAAAUUACCCUCAUAUCCAUCCAUAGCCGGUGGUUAUAUGAAUCGUCCCAGAUCACGUAGUGCACAAUUUGCACCCAGUUCUGGUUCGGAAUUUCGUAGGGUACCCUUGCCAUAUCUAAAUAAUUUAAAUAACAAUGACAAUAUCAACAACAAUAAUAACUUUAUAAAUGCUGGUGGCUUUGUGGCCUAUAAUAAAGCUCCAGUUGUAAGUAAAACAAUAAAUGGCCGCUUUUCAGCCAACACACCAAAUGAUUACAAUAAUAAACAACAACAGCAAUCAGUAUCAAAUACAACCACAACCUCACCGGAUGCAGCUAAAACUCAAAGCAGCAGCAGUAGCAGCAGCAAUCAUUUAACUUCUCCCUCCUCGUCCUCGCCCUCGUCCGCUGCGUCUUCAUCUUCGGUUACAAACUCUUUCAUUUAUCAUCGUGUAGUCGAUGCCUCACCACGUUUAGUGGGUGCAGGCUUUAUACCAGGACGUAAACAGCGUUUACCAUUUGUAGCUAUUACCGAUAGACGUUUGGAAACUUCAAAGAAAUCCUUAACGGAUCAUCAAAAAGACUUUGAACAAAAUCACUAUCCGUUGCCUUAAAAAACUUGACAAAACAAACUUAUUACAACAAAAACAAGCCCCUCCCCUUAAACAAUAAAAAUCAAUUAAAUGGAAAAAAUACAAUAAUUUUAUUUUUUGGCCGCUUAAUUUUUCUAUUUGUAAUUUAACAAAAAAAAAAGAAAAAAAAAACAAACACUAACGUGAAAAAAUUUAACAUAAAAAACUGAGUUUUUAAAAUCGUUUGGUGGUAUGCUGUGGUAUGGUGUAUUACGUAAAUUUUUUUAGUAGAACAACAACAAAAUAUUGUAAAAUAAAUCAAUAAAUAAAUUAAUAAUAAAAGUAAAUAAAUAAAUAAAUUAAUGAAUAUUUGUUUGUAAGUAUAUACAAUUAUAACAACAAUAAUAAUCACUUUAUAAUGUAAACAAAAUAAAACUUUAAUGAAAUGAUAUGAAAUCUAAAUUAGGCUUUAAUUAAAUAAAUAUCGAUCUCUGUCUGCUUAGAUGUUAAUUGAAUUUAUGCAUAAGUUUGUAUGAUAUACAAUAUAUAUACAUAUAUAUUUACUAAAUAUAUUUAAAACAAUUAAAUGAAACACAAUCACACACUCACACUCACUCAAGACACUUAAACUAUUAAGAAAUCUUUUAACACAAUAAAUUUAGUUUAAAAAUCGAGAUAAAAAUGAAGGUAUCACCAGUAUUUAAUGAGUUUAGAAAAAUAUCACAAUAAAUAGAAUAUUUUUAUAACACUCAUAUAAGCAUUUAAGAGUAAAUUCACUUGCCUUGUUUAUUAGUUAUGUGUUGUCAAACUUUCACCAUCUCGCUAUGCAUAACUUUGUUAAGUAGACUAUUGAACUCGUUUCUAUUGCUGAUUUUGCUUCUAGAUUUCCUAAAAGUCUAAUAUUUUUACUGGAAAGUGACCGACAUUCUCCUAAGCUUAUAAAUAAAAGUUAACGUAUUUAUACAUUCCUUCCAUUAUGAAUAAAAAUUAUAAAUUUUAAUAUUUUGUUGUAAUACCCGUGUUUGUAAAUAAAAGCUUUUGAAGAUAUUUUUUUAAUUAUAAACUCAAAAGCGUCUAGUUUCUAUAAGUUUAAAAUAAUUUUAUACGCCAAAAUUAUAUAACACUAUUUGGUGAGAAAUACUUCAUUUACAAGAAAGCUUUUUCUGAAAAUAUCCGUGUCAAAAGCUUUUCUCCAAACUAAAUUUUCUUAAAAAAUAUGCUCAACAACAAGUUCUAUUUAAAAAAAAAUAUAUUGUCUUUACUUUUAUUUCAAAAAAUCUCUUUUUAAAAAUAUUUUCUCUAAACAGGUAAAUACACCAGUUUAUAAAGAAUGAAAAAAGCUUUCCUAAAAACGAACGGCCUUAUUCCCAUAAGGGAAAGUUAGAAGCUUGUUAGCCAGCGGUUAGUUUUUUAUUAUGCAUAAGGCCAUAAAUGUCUAAUAAAAGCUGUUUCAAAGAAAAAAAAACCCGUCAGAAAAUUGUAUACGUUUUUAGUGAGAAAAGCUUUUUUGGAAAAAAAACGAUUUUCUUGUUUUCCAUUUCAAAUUAAAUUUAUAUUAUGUCUACUUUUUCCCAUAAAAUCUCUUUUCACCAAAAAGCUCUUUUGGUUGAGAAAACUGUACACAUAACUUUGUAAAGAAUGAAAAAAGCGUUUCUUUCUAAGAAAAAAAUUCUGUCAAUUUUUGUUUUUAGUGAGAAAAGCUUUUUAGGUAAAAAGAGCUCUUCUUGU